AUGUGGCCACAAGCCGAGGAGCACCUGGAGCCCCAGGGGCUGGAGCAGACGUGUGGGGCCCUGGGCCGCUUGGCUCUGCUGUCCGUCGCCCCUGCGGGGGGCGGUGAGGGAGUGCGGCGCGGGGCCCAGUCACUGGCGGACGGCUCCGCCCCCUCUGGGCUGGGAGAGGUUCUCGGUGCCCAUCCGAGCGCUGGGUGCUGCUGCCUCCCCAGUCUCCCAACCCCGGAACCUGCCCCCUCCCUGCGGGACAUUUCUACUCAUGCAAACGUGCAGUGCGCCCACGGCGGAGAAGACGGCGUCCUUCCUGCGCGUUUUAUUCAGUCUUGGGCCACCUACGGGCUCUGGGGCUGGGAUCCAAAGCCCGACCUGAGACUGGUUCAGGAGCUGGAGUUGCGGCUUCCCUCGGGCAGGGAAGAGAGGUGGGGAGCGGGGGUGGGGCAGGCGGGGCGCGGCUCUUGCCAGGUUUACGGCGGAGGCUGUGGCCCUCGCGCGGCUCGCGGAGGUUGCAGCCAUUGCACCGCCGAGCAUCCCACAUUCAACGGGAGGAACCCGCGGGAGGCGAGCCCGGAGCCCCGCGCCGCAGCCGCCGCAGCCCGUGCGCCCCGCGUCCCCCGCACCUUGGCCAAGGAAGGCGUGGAGAAGGCGGAGGGGACGGAGCAAAUGAUCGAGAGGCAGGCAGGCAAGGAGCCGGCGGAGGGCGGCGGCGGCGGCAGCUCUCACCGCCUCGGGGACGCCCCGGAGAUGCGCGCUGUGGUGCUGGCCGGCUUCGGGGGGUUCAACAAGCUGCGGGUCACCAGGAAGGCCAUGCCCGAGCCGCAGGACGGCGAGCUCAAGAUCCGCGUCAAAGCCUGUGGUUUAAACUUCCUGGAUGUGAUGGUGCAACAAGGGAAUAUCGACAACCCUCCCAAGACUCCCCUGGUGCCGGGGUUCAAGUGCUCCUGGAUUGCUGAAGCUCUGGGAGACAGCAUGAAAGGAUACGAGAUUGGGGACCGUGUCAUGGCAUUCAUCAAUUACGAUGCCUGGGAAGAGGUGGUCUGCACGCCAGUGGAAUUUGUCUACAAGAUCCCAGAUGUCAUGAGCUUCUCUGAGGCUGCUGCAUUCCCCAUGAACUUGGUCACAGCCUACAUGAUGCUCUUCGAAGUCGCCAGCCUCCGGGAGGGGACGUGCAUGCUCGUGCACUCGGCUGGCGGCAGUGUGGGCCAGGCUGUGGCUCAGCUGUGCUCCACUAUCCCCAACGUGACUAUCUUUGGAAUGGCUUCCACUUUCAGGCAUGAAGCCAUCAAAGACUCUGUGACCCACCUCUGUGACAGAAAUGCAGACUAUGUGCAAGAAGUGAAAAGAAUUUCUGCUGAAGGAGUGGACGUUGUUUUGGAUUGCCUCUGUGGGGACAACACUGGGAAAGGUCAGCUUCUCAAACCACUGGGAACCUACAUUCUAUAUGGUUCAUCCAAUUUGGUGACUGGAGAGACCAAGAGCUUCUUUAGCUUUGCAAAAUCAGGGUGGCAGGUUGAGAAAGUGAACCCCAUCAAGCGGUACGAAGAGAAAGUCAUCGCGGGGUUUUCCCUUGUAAAUCUGCUCUUCAAACAGGGCCGUGCAGGCCUCAUUCGAGGAGUGGUGGACAAGCUCAUCGGGCUCUACAACCAGAAGAAGACCAAGCCCGUGGUGGAUUCCAUGUGGGCCCUGGAGGAGGCAUGUUUCAAAGGCCAGUAGCCACACGUGGCCAGAGGUUCCCCUGUGGGACCACGCAGACAUGCAAGAC